ACAGAACUGGUGGGAUGAGUGAGUGCAACAGUAUGAGAAAAAGGAACAGGACAGAACAAGAUUUGUUUUUUAAUUAAAUAUUUGUGAAUGUAGGUGUUUUGCAGACCUACUUUUUCCCAUGCUGCCCUAACCCUCCCAUGCUUCUUGAAGCUGUCUUUUUUUUCUUACAGAGCACCAAUGUCCAACACGACCCCCACCACAGAUGCCUCAGGCGGACAGCUGUUCUGUCCCCUGCUGGAGAUGAUGAAGGAGCACCGCCUCAACAACAACACACAGGCCAAUUUGGUGGUGGUCUGCAUCCAUGGACUGGUCUCCUGCCUGGGGAUUUUGGAGAACGCCCUCAUCCUCUGGGUGGUGGGCUUCCGCUUGAGACGCCGCACAGUGGCAUCUAUCUGGGUGCUCAAUCUGGCCAUGUCUGACUUCCUGACAACUCUGACGCUGCCCCUAUUCACCUACUAUCUCUACUCCUCGCAUAGUUGGGAGCUAGGCAGCCUACUUUGCAGUAUGCAGGCGUCCAUCUUCUUCUUAAACAUGUUCGUGUCGGCCUUCCUGCUGGCAGCCAUUUCAGUGGACCGCUACCUUCUGGCAGCCAAGCCGGUGUGGAGCCAGAAUCAUCGCUCAGUGCAGGGAGCGUGGAAGGUGUGUGCGUUGGGUUGGCUGUGGGGACUGAUCAACACAUUGCCUUUCUUGAUGUUCCGUGCAGUGACCGAGAAACAGGAUGGGAGAAAACUGUGCUAUCAUAACUUUGCCUUGUAUUCAUCCUCUCAAUCCACUCUGGAGAGAGAUUGCAAAGUGAGGCAAGCGUCAACCGCCAUCUCCAAGCUCCUGCUGGCAUUCCUGUUCCCCCUGGUGGUAAUCGCAGGAAGCUACAUCCAAAUUGUUAUCAGCCUGAGGAACAGAAGCAGGAGGAGGAAGCAGAGUGCCGGGCGGCUCAUGGAUACACUUAUUGUGUCCAACAAAGAUGGGGCAAUAGAAGCCACAACUCCUACAAUCACAAAAAACUCUAAUAUAUUUCUCAAGCCUCUGUCUUCAGGACCAUCUUUAUCACUGACACCCACUUACUUGUCACCUACUGCCCCUAAUCCCAAUCAGCUGUCCAAGAGCUUCACCAAGAUGGUAACAUUUGUGAUCGCAGCUUUUGUUCUGUGUUGGGCACCCUAUCACAUCUUCUGCAUGAUCGAAGUGACAGCCCAGUAUUGGCAAGAAAAUCUCAAUUUUGUGGAGGUGGGGCUGCCUUUGGCAACAACCUUUGCAUUCUUAAAUCCUGUGUUGAACCCCAUUCUGUACGCCUUCAGCUGCCCAAACUUCUGUGUGAGAAUACGACAGAGUCUGGGAGAGGUGUUUGACGGUCUGGUAGAGGAAGGAGGGGGGUUACUUUUGGUUCCUGGGAGAACUAUAAGAGCUCAUAUUAGACGGAAGGGCAGUCGAGAUGUGAACUUUGAAAUGCCGCGGUCACCAAAGGGCUCAAGUUCACUGUGUCCAUCAACUCACAGCCCAUCGUCCCAACCACUGCAUUCACUCUCUGAAGGUCUCAAAGACACUCAUAAAUCAAAAGAUGUGGUUGAGCCUAGCUGAGACUACAUUUUUGUUGGAAACAUGUCCAAAGGUCUCCAUGUAGAUAUAGGCCUUAUUCAAUGGAAGCCACCACAAAAAGCAUGUAUGGAACUCUGUCGCUCAGUUCAUUUAUCAUCUUGGUCCAGACUGAAAUAACAAUUAUAGGUGAUACCAUAACUUUUCCGUGUAGCUUCUGCAUGAUUCAGAUUAUUUAGUUUUUUAUUUAAAUGUCUUGAAAACUAUUGUGCGAAAUAAGUAUUCCGCCACAGCAUGCAUUUUGAUAACAUUUGUUAAUUUUCAUCUAGCAACACCAUGAGAUCUUCAAGACAAUAUGUGCAUUGUGACUUCAUUUAAAUAUCGUCCAAAAAAAAAGUUUGCACAGCAUUGAAUGGCAUCACUCUAUGCCAUAAAUCAAGUUAUAUGUAUUAUGAUAAAUCUUAUUCUAAUGCAACUUGCAAUAGUACGGAAGCCAUUAAAGCCAGUGAAAGGGAAUGAAAAAUCUUCGUUACUUUAAAAAGUGCUUUUUUAAAUCUGUGGA